CCCGGCGUCGACGCCAUCGCCGACAUUGCGCUCUGGCCGGCGGGGGUAAAUUCACUCCUUUUAGGCCUAACGCAUCUCGCCGCCUUUUUCAUGCGACGCCGCACCACUAGGCUCCUCCCGCCCCUAUUCAGCUUCGCGAGAGCGCUCGCUGCGUUUGAGAAUGUUCGCCUUCGAGGACGUUGGCGCGGGCCACUCGCGGACAUUCUGGACGUGCGCGGAUUAAGGCGACAUUUGUGAGUGCGUUAUGAUGUCGACGGGCGCGAGAGCCGAUGGAGUCAGCCGCUCCGUGUGCCUCGACGGUGCAGCUUGACGGCGAAUACGGCUAUGGUCUCCACGUCCGUCUGCAGCGAAGGAAAUCCGUUCCCCCGGUGAUUUCGGGGGAGGCAGAGCUGCAUGCAGCGACUUCUCCUUCCCCAAGGCGUGCGCCCGUGAUCCGUUAGGGUCGCAUGGACGCCCUGAACGGCAAGGCCAGCGCGGGCUCCGUCCGUCGCCAGGGGUCUCGCCUGCGGCGGAGUCAGGAGUGGCAGGACCCGUACAGCUCGUCGGACAACGAGGCCCCCUUCGACCCGCCCGGGGUUGCUCACCACCAGGGCUCCGGGCACAGGCACCAGUACGAGGACCCCCGCAACGUCGUCGAUCACCGGAGCAUCGGCCGAGGCUCGGUGAAGGCGACGACCCUGGGCCAUGGCAGCAUGGAGCUUCUCACGGGGCCCCGGGUGUACACGGGGCCCUCCCUGGGCUGCCCCAACGGCCCGGGCUCCGGCUCGGACGGCGAGGGCUACUCCCAGCCACCGCCCAAGUACCCGGGCUACGGCUCGCUGCCGCGCAACAGCGCGGCCAAGACGGCCAAGGGCCGUAACGGGGGCUCCCGGGGUCGGCUGUCGUUGCGGCGAGGCCCUUCUUCGUCGUCCACGUCGGACAACAACUCGGACGCCACGGACUCGGAGAUGCCCCUGCAUCGGAGGGCCAACGGCCAGGCGUCGCAGAGCAGGGAAUCCACGCUGCGCGAGAGCCCCCCGGAGCCCGCGCCCCCGGCCGUGCCCCCGCGCAACGUGCAGCCUCCGCACCACGGGGACACCCUGACGGCCGGCCGAGGACCGCGGCUCGGAGGAUUCAUGGACUCCGAGUGCGAGUCCGAGCCUCCGUACCUGCCCGCCGGGCUCCGCAACGGCUCGGGCUCGCUCACCGGCGGCGGGGCCACGCAGCACUCGACGACUGGUACGCCCGCCGCCGAAUUCCUGAACCCCAGCCGCAUAUGUGAACAGAGCCGGGCUGAACUGCGGCGGCGACCUGAGUGCCAAGCACCUAGACAACAAAGGAACGCUGGGCAGGUCGCACAGGAGCGACAACGAGAGAGUGUACUGCCAGCCCCAGGUGACGCACACGACCAACAGCUUUUCCGAGUCCAAGUCGGAGAAGGAUUCGACGGACGCAGCCGUGGCUCCUUCGGCCCCGGGUUCCCACGGAUCUACGUACAGCAACCCCCUGCCAGAGUUCGGAGGCACGCCGUGCUCGACGACGGGGCCGAUGGUUCCCGUGCCCAGCUGCGUGAACCCGCAGCUGAUCCAGCAGAGCUCGGCAUGCGGCCAGGGAGCCCCGGCCCUGGGUCCCGGCUCGCACGCGACGGGGGCCCGGGCCUCGCUGGCCGCCACGUCGGCCUUCGCGUCCGCCGCUAUGGCCACUUCCAGGUUCCACCUGCAGAAGGCGUGUGGAGGCCACCGAUGCUCCUGGAAGUGGGCCACACUGCUCCUUACCUGUGUCGUCAUCGUCCUGGCCGCCACGCUGGCCUACUUCGCCGGUGA